AUGGGUGGCCCGGAGCCGCUGGUGAGCCAUCUGAAGUUGUUCAGCCUGGAAAAGGCUGCCUUUGAGACGUUAGACUCGUUAGACUCUCCGGACCCUUCCCGUGGGGGAGACGAGGGCCCCCAAAUGGCACGUCGAGCGUCAGGGGGGCAGGAGCAUAGGGCUCCUGUGGAUUUACAACAACAGCAAGAUGUGCUUCAGCAACAACUGCUGAAACUCAAGGAAGUUCGAGAAUCUGGUGAUGUGGCAGAGGGGCACGCUCCAAUGGAGCGUUCUUUGCUGUCGCCACCACAGCUCUCACCCAAAGCGUCCUUGCCGAAGUCGCCCCUGCGGCGGAUGUCGCGGGACAGCAGUGCCAGUCAGAGCCCAACUAGUCCGCUUGCGAAGCAGACCCGGCCAACUCUGCGUGGGGCAGGAGCUAAAGCCGGGAAGGUGCCCACCACCCCGUUGAACUCGCCAAUGGCCUCGGAUGAGAAGGCGCCAGCCAUCUUUGUGUCACAGGUGCGCAGUGCCAAGGCAGCCCCUCUGACCGGGUCCGGCAAGGUGCCGCGUAGCGCAACUGUGCCGGCGGUGGAAUCCGCGCCGACCAUUUUCAGGGACAAAGGUUUGGCAUCUGCCCUGAGCAAUGUGCCCAACCGUUCGCGAAUGGGGAUUCCUCCAGAGGAGAUUAUUCCACUGGAGGAGGGAUGCCUUCGGAAAUUAUGGCCAAUUGGAAUAGCGAAGCUGAUCAAGAAUGGUGGACGCGGCUGCACCAGCAGCUCGAGACAAUGCAUCGAGAUGUCCAGGACUAUGCCCAGCGCUCGUGCCCCUCGCGGCGCUUUGUGCGGGUGGGUCCGGGGCAGCUGGGCGGCCCUGGCUAUGGCUGGCUGGUGGAGCCGCGCACGGAGGGCAUGCGUUUGCCGGUGGGCAGUGCAUCGUGUGCAUCCAUGUUGGCACCUACAGUCGGCACAGGAGAUGCUUUGGGCUCGACCUCCUUGGGUCAUACCCGCUCCGGACCACUGCCGCGACCCCCCAUGUCAAUGUCAAGGAGCAACUGUCAGACGCAGAAUUCCUGGCAGCCACCCAUGACGCCUCAGACGCCUCAGUUUGACCCGCCGGGCCUGGCGCGACAGAUGCCACAGCAAGAACUGCAAAGACAACGCGUGGACUCGGG